AUGCAGUUCCUCGCCGUUGCCGCUCUCCUCUUCACCUCAGCUCUCGCUGCCCCUUCCGCCGACGCCAACGGCGUCUAUCGUCGUGCCAACGCCUUCUGCCCCGACGGGCUUUUGUACACCAACCCUCAAUGCUGUGAUGCCGAUGUUCUUGGUCUCGCUGAUCUCGACUGCGUUACUCCCCCUUCGGCGCCGACCAGCUGCAAGUCAUUUGAUGGCAUCUGUGCCAGCAUCGGCCGUGAGCCCAAGUGCUGCGCCGUCCCUAUCAUUGGCGUGGCUCUUCUCUGCGUCGACCCCGUCCCCCAGUAA